GAGAGUUCAAUUACAUUCAUUCUCUCUCUCUCUUCUAUCCACUCUAUUUAUAACUUGAUUUGCGAGGGACAGACAAAUUGGGCUCAUUCAAUCUCAUCCCAAUUCCCAAUUCUGAUGUUUUGUUAAUUAAAGCUCAUGACAGAAGUAAGUGCUUAUUUGCGGUUGUUUAAGAAAUUAGGCCCUGCUGAGUAAAUGAUUUGGUCUUUAAGGUGGAGACAAUGGCAUUGGUUACCCAUCAAAUGCAGGGUUCGUUUGUGACGUAUCCUUCUAGACCUUUGUCAUGGAGCAAGGGGAUGAAGCUGAAGCGGUAUGUAACAACACUUCACAUGGUUGGAAGGACAGAGAGUUGCUCUAUUAUGAAACACAAUAUUUGUUUGAGUGUAGGGGCUUCUCCCAUAUGUGGACCAAAACUUAAACCGUUGAGAGUUUCAGCCUUCAAGGGCAGUGCCCAGAAUGAUAAAUCUGGUGGUAGAAAAAGUGGAUCAAAGCUUCCCAAGAAUUCGGUCAAAAUUAAAGAGAAUGAGGAUACUACAGUGGGCCCUCCCCAGGCAAAUGAUAUCCCCCUUUCCUAUGCCUCUGAAGCAAAUGAGAGUAUUACUUCUUCCCCUGCCAUUCAUAACCUGUUUAAGAAAUGGUUGAGAAUGCUCCGAACUCAAUCAUCAGGUGAAGUAGUAGACGGGAUUUUGGCAGAAGAUCCUCCUCCGAAGGAGAUAUCAGAAACUGAGCACAAGACUCAAAACGAGGAUAGAGACGGUAUUCUAAGGAUCAUCUGGUGCAAUUUUCUCAGUCUAAAUGCUACAAUAAAGAUACCCUUACUUAUCUUCGUCCCCUCGUACCUGGCAGUGAAUAUUCUUUAUGGCGCUGAAGUUUCAAAGGAGUUGACUCCUUUGUGGGUUUUGGGACCCUUCAUUGCAGCUCUCUACAUCAAGAUGCUUCAGUGGUUGUGUGCACUCUAUAUUUUCAGCUUCAAGCAGACUGUUAAAGUAGUCACGAACUUGCCCACUUAUUACCUGGCAGCGUAUAGAUACAUUUUUCAUGGGAAGUUUAAAGAGGAUAUAUAUGCUCGUUUCUGGCAACCUGUAGUUGAUAUUAAGAAUUUAGAUUACAAGAAACUAUCCAGAAGAAAGCUGAAAGUAUUACAAGAGUUGAUAGUGGAGAAGUACCUUGAUUUUGUGGAAUCAAUAUGGCCAUAUUACUGCAGAGCAAUCAGAUUCUUAAAGAGGGCGAAUCUCAUUUAGAAGAUGAGAAGUCCUUUGUUAGAUCAAAUCAGCUGAAGUUGUAGUUGCUCCUGAUGAUGGUUAAAAGGUUUUGAGUUUCUUUCAAGGAGCUAGCCUGUCCCAUUUUAGAUUGGGUUUCAUCUUGAUGUCUAGCUAGUCAACGAUCACGACAAGCAGAUUUCUCCGGGAUUCUGUAAUUUUUUUUAUAAAGCAGCAUUAGCAUUCUUAUUUUUGGAUGAGGUCCGUAAUAUUUUGUUUAUGUAUUGUAUUCAGCUGCUGCGAAUGUUCUUGAGGUUUUAUAUAAUGAGAAAGUAGUAUCAUUUCUG